AUGGAUGUUUCGACGUACUCCAAAUUGCGUGCCUCCGGACGUGGAUACUUGUCUGUUACUGCGGUCGCCCUUAAGAGUAACAGCCAAUUCUCCAAAGCGGCUGCUCACAAUGUCAACCCUCUCUUCAAUGAACGACGCCAGUUCGUCAAACUGAGGUUCUUUUCCAUGACGUAUCAAGGUGGUGGCGACUUCGGCCCAUUUGAAGCGCAACUGAGAAGGCAGCCUCAUGACAAUCGCCUCCAUGGUUCGACUAGAAUUCAAGUCUGA